UGCAAUAAACCUGCAGAGUCCUGUUGAAUUUUGGGAUAUUUUUUGUCUCAUGGAUCAAUAGGAAGCAUCUAUUGGAGGAGGUUUUGGAGCUCCUCCUCCUCCUCUCAUAUCUGAAUGGACAAAAGCUUUGCCCCUUUGGGUGUCAGGCCUAUAAUGUGGACAUUAGCAGUGCAACAACCUUCACCAUGCGGUUUCUGCCCCAUCGUAGCUCCACAGAUCAGUGGAGCACACACUACUAUGUGCUAUGUUUGUUCCUCCUCAUCAGUUGCUUUGGACCAGCUUCUCCCCUUUAUGCCCCUCCCGCGCCAACAGGUCUCCUCUCUGCUUUCUCUGCCACGCAAACCAGUAGCGUGGUGGGAGGCAAGCAGAAGGCAGUGACCUUCAACAGGCUCGUGGUCAACAUUGGAGGGGAUUUCAAUCCAGACACUGGCCACUUCCGCUGCCGCAUCCCCGGGGCUUACUAUUUCUCCUUCUCUGUGGGAAAAUUUCCCAAAAAAAUGCUCUCUGUCAUCCUGGUGAAGAACGGAGAGGAGGUGCAGGCUAUAGCUUAUGACGACUUCCGCAAGAAAGGGAGAAAAGUUCAGAGCCAAAGUCUCAUGAUCGGUCUGAAGAAAAUGGACAUAGUGUGGUUGCGCUUGCAGCCUAGCCCCCAGUAUGCUUUGUACAGCAAUGCUGGGCCUUACAUCACCUUCUCAGGUUACCUCGUCUAUCCUGAUGCCAUGGCAACCAGCUACAUCAGCAACCACUUGUCUACACCUGCUCUACCCUACCCAAACUGUCCACCUCAGGUCAGAGGCCAGAGAGAGCAGCCACGGUCUGCCUUCUCAGUAGCACGGACAUCAACCCUCAUGGGUCAGAGCAGCUGGACACAAGAAAAGCCACCAAUCACCUUUGAUGUAGAAUACGUCAACAUAGGGGGCCAUUUCAACAAAACCUCUGGCCGCUUCACCUGCCACUUCCCAGGGGUGUACUUCUUCGCUUUCACUGUGGGGAAACACCCUCGUAGGGCUGUUUCAGUGAAGCUGAUGACCGGGAAGGGCGAGGUGCAGGCGAUGGUGUUUGAUGAUGACACAUCAAAGAGACGGGAAAUGCAGAGUCAGAGUUUGUUGCUGUCUCUUAGCAGGGGCGACAGGGUGUGGCUGUACAGUCAACAGGAUGAGCGCUUUGCUGUUUACAGCAACCAGGGCAGGUACACCACGUUCUCAGGCUUCCUGGUUUAUCCAGAUACAGAAACACCUGCCACCAGCCAGGAGGACAGAGGUCACCUAUAAAUGUCUUAAGGUUGUAGCUGGUUUUUGUUCCCAGCCUGCAGCUUAUCUCCACGUCAAUGAGUCAGGUAGAAUUUUUAAUCUGUGGUCAGCAUAGCUUAACAGAUUUCUCUCUCUCUUUCUUUUUGUAACAUUUUAUUUGUUUUUAUUAAACAAUGUUAUUCCAAAAGGUAACAUUUGUUGCCACCAGAUGGUGCUAUGAUACAGCUAAGUGCAAUUUUCUCUCAGAAAAUCUGUGAUACAGUUUGGGUUUCGGUGCACAGAUACAACUAUCUGAGAAUUUUUAGUUUAAAAAAGUGAACGUUGCAUGACAAAAAACCCCUUUGUAAAUGAUGUAAAGUUUAUUCAAAUUUAUGUACUACAAAAAUUAGACUUAGAGUUGCACCAUGUUAAAGUUAUUUAACUUUUAUUUGUAGAAAGAUCUGAUUAAAUGAUUUGUGUGCAUUUUGGGAAAAUGAUAAAUAAAUUUCCUUAAAUGAGUUUUACAAAUGUUCUUUUCUUCUUCUAAAUCAAACAAAUGCUGGUUUGUGGAUGAAAAUGAACCUAAUGGGUAGACACUGUAAUUAAGGAUUUUUAUAACAGAUUAUAACACAGGACUCAACAUCUGAUAAAUCUCUUUCCAAACAUGAAUCCUUAGAUGUUGCCAUUUCUACUUUAGCUUUUAAAGCUUCUGAUUCACAGUACCAUUACCACCAGGAAGAGAAAAGGAGCCAAACAUUCGUCUUAAAUAAUCUUUAUUGGCUAUUAGAAAAUUGGUUAAAACAUGCAAAAAAAAAAAAAAAAAAAAAUCCCUCAGUCACGGCCCUCUAAUUGAGACGCCUUUGGGCAGAUGGCUACCUACAGGCAUAAAUAAGGAAUAAAAAGUCAAUGCUUCUGGAAGAUGUAAAAAUGAAAGAUUAUACAAAUAUGAUCAAGCAAAAAAGGUGACAAUGGGUUUUUUUUGGUUUUGCUUACUCUUUAUUGAAUAACUGCAUCCCAGAUGUUGUGACUAACUAUUAUGAAAACUAUUUCCAGGUAAACCUUUUUUUUCUUGAAAACAUUUAUUCAGGCAGAUCGUAGGAUUCACCCAUUAUCACACUUAAUCUAAGCCUUCCGCUUCUUAGGAGCACCACCUUGGCUUUCCAGUGUUUGUACUUGUUUGACUAAUCACUGUUUUGCAUGAUAUACACAGUUAAAAAAAAAAAA